AGCAGUGUGUGCGGCGAGUUUUGUGUGUUAGUGUUCGACCAUCUUUAAAAAGCUCUGUGUCUGGCUGAAUAGAAGGAAGUGGCUCUGACUUCCCCAGGAAAUGGGAAGAGGAAACCUGGGGGCUUCGACCUCUCUGGCUGCACUGGAGCCACAAGACGACUCACUGGAGAGGGAGAGAGAGAGAGAGAGGGAGAGAAAAGGGGAAGGAGGGAAGGGUGGAGGGUGGACAAAAGGAGAGAUACUGCCUCUCAUUGUGCUUUGACUGGAAGGAGAACAAGUGGAGAGGAAAGGAAGAAAGUCAGGAACAAGCUGGAGUUAAAGACGUGAGGCAGAAAGAUAUUUGGUCCUCUGGUUUUUUGGUUUUCUGACUUUGUGUGGAGAUGAAUCUUCUCCUCGGAGCUCUGAGUGCUCUGCUCUGCUGCUCGUCGUCCUCCUCUCAUACACUGGAUCCUGCUGGGAAGAACGUCUGCCACAACGUCAGGGACCCCUCCACCCUGGUCUGUUGCUCUGGAUGGCGUCAAGAAGGCAAAGAGUGCCCUAUACCUGUGUGUGAGGGUGACCAGGCCUGCCUGAAGGGUGAGAUCUGUGUGUAUCCCGGAGUGUGUCGAUGCCCAGCUGGUUACUAUGGAGCUCAGUGUAAAACACGAUGUCCUCUUGAGUUCUGGGCUCCAGACUGUCGUAAGGUGUGUCCCUGCUACCCACACGGCCGCUGUCACCCCGUCACUGGUGAGUGCACCUGCAACACCAACCGUUGGGGUCCGCUUUGCCAGUACGCCUGCAAGUGUGGCCGGCAUGGCCACUGUCACCCGGUCCAUGGAAACUGCUCCUGCGAUGAGGGCUGGUGGACGUCAACGUGCGCCAAGCCUUGCCAGUGCAUGACUGAGGGAUCUGUGGGCCCCGGCUGCGAGCAGCUAACAGGUCGGUGUCAGUGCAACAAGGGCCACUGGGGCCUGAAAUGUCCUGGCACCUGCAAAUGCUACCUGUCGCCAUGUAAUCAACGUACCGGUGUGUGUGAAUGUGAGGCCACCUGGUGGGGACCCAGCUGUGACCGGCGAUGUAACUGUGACCUCACACACAGCAGCUGUGGCCCAACCAAUGGGAAGUGUCUGUGCCACCCAGGGUACCAGGGUCAGUUCUGCAACCUGCCCUGUGAAGCUGGGAAGUAUGGCAGUGGUUGUACAAAGAGUUGUAGUUUCUGUAAAGACAACCAGAUCUGCUCUGGUACUGAUGGCGCCUGUGACGCAUGUGAGCCCGGCUGGAACGGUACACAAUGCGACCGCCCGUGCUCGUCUGGUUAUUAUGGUGAUGGCUGCAAGGAGAAGUGUCCACGUUGCAGGAAUAAUGAACCCUGUGAUCCAAAAACUGGGAAAUGUUGGAGGUGUGACCCUGGAUGGACUGGCCCAAGGUGUGAGGAGCCCUGCUCCAACAGGACGUUUGGAGACGCCUGCAGCUUCCUGUGUAGCCCUUGUUUCCACGGUAACUGCCAUCACGUGACAGGAAGAUGUGUCUGUCAGCCAGGCUUUCAGGGAGAGAGCUGUAACAGCAGCUGCCCCGCCCUGCAGUUCGGCGUCAACUGUUCCUCUGCCUGUGACUGUGGUGAGGGGGUCCAGUGUGACCCAGUCACUGGUGCCUGCCCUAGCAGUGUCACAGGGUCUGUUCUAGCAGGUGUGCUGGUUCCUUUGCUCCUGUUGCUCCUCGCUGUGCUCUGCUGCUGCCUGUGUUGUGGAGGAGGCCCUGUUGAUGGCAAAGACAGGGCAACUGUGGCUGAUGGAGGCUUGUCAGUUCGGAUGAAAUAUCACGUCUACAGUGUCCUUGCUAACAUCGGCGCUGCACUUCCCUGUAUCUCUAACUGGUCCUCUGGUCUGCCUCGUGUCACCGUGUCUCACCAUGACCCAGAGCUGACAUUCAACCACAGCUUCAUUGAGCCUCCUUCCUCUGGCUGGGUGACUGAGGGGUCGUCCUUUGACACUGAUGAGGAAGAGGCCGAGGCGCUCUACUGUGUCCCUCCAAGAGAAGACAUCCCGGCGGUGGCAGGUGGCGAGUUCCAGGAGAUGAGCUCCAAGUGUAACAUGUUCUUAGACCCAUCCGGCUUCAGCAGCGAGGACAUCACCUCACCUUUCAACAUCCCUCGCACCUCCAGCAUCGCCAAGUCCAAGCGGCCGUCUGUCUCGUUUGCUGAGGGCACUCGUUUCUCCCCCAAGGAGAGACGUGGCUCGGGUCAGGACCCCGGUGCUCUCCCUGGACACCCACGUAACAAAUCCAAGUCACCCUGGGGGGUUUUGAUGCUGUCUGCCCUCCAAAGUCAGGGAGGCGCAGCUAAAACUGGAGAGGGAGAUGAAGGUGAGAGUGAGGAGAGGGAAGAUGAAGUGGAUGUGCAGGCGACAAACAAUCAGGAAUCAAGCUGUGACAUAGGGGAUCAAGAAGUAGACAGAACCCCAUCCCGGGCCACCCUGCAGGUUCCCGGGGCAUCAGGACGUAGACGGACUAUGUCCAACACAGCUGCUCAUAAAGGGACCCAGCUGCCAACAUCUGCCUCUGAUGCACAGGCGGGGGUCUCAGAUAAAGUCACCACAGUGUACGUGACAGUGGGUAAGGCAGGUAGGCCCGUGUUGAAGACAGAGUCGAGCUCUGAAGGGCCCGUUCAGGCCAUGCUACGACGACUCGGUAGCCUCCAGCGACAAAAGGAGCAGGAGUCUGGCAGGCCUAAGACAAAAACAGCUGAAGGGAUUACCAAACCACCAAGGAAGAAGCUCGGAGCUCGGGCGAGUGUGUGGGAGCAGGGAGGCCCGCCUGGAGGAGAAGUCGGCAUAUGUAAGCCAAUCAGGAGAAAGCAGGCUUCUCUGAACCCUCCUGAUGCAGCUGGUGCUAGUGACACUCCAUCAUCAGAGAGCAGCACUCCAAAAAGGCCACUGUCGUCCAUUUUGCAGAGUGUGCCAGAGGUGGCAUCAGCUGACUCUGGGUCAGAUCUGAGGGCUGAGGGAGACACAAGGCAGGGUGCUGACCCCAGUACAGGAAGAAUUGAGAGCAACUACCUGACUGUGGGACCAGCAGGAGACGCUGCCAGUCUCACGGAGGUCAUCGCCAACGAAGGUGCAGAGCCCUGCUAUGAGAAUGUCAUGAUUAAACACUCGUAACCUCGGAGAAACUGAUAUGUCAGCAGGUCUGAUCCAAACACAACUGCAUAUUUAUUAUUCUUCAGUUAUACUGUUACAGACACAAGGAGAGAAACCUCGUUAUAACUGUAAAUCAGUAAAUUAGAGGUCUGUGAUUCUUGAAUUAUGGUGUUAGACAUGUAUGCAGCAAUAUGUAAUAGAAUACCUUAACUUUUAGCCUAAAUAUUAAAUAUAUUCUAGUUUAAAAGAUAAACGAAAAACAAAAAAGACAGCUGUGGUAUUUGGGUAGUGUGUCCUAACAACACCACAAGUUGCAUUCAGGAUCUCAAGUUCUAUAUGAGCACGAAUAAUGAGACAAGUGAGCGAUCAUUGUUUUUAUUUGCUCCAGAGAUGCACGUUGUAUAAACUGUAUACAUACAAGUACUGUAAUAACUGGGACUCACAAAGGAUGAACAGACAUAAAGAGUUGAGAUUUUUCUUAUUUUUUGAACAUCUGGGUUAUUCCAGGAAGAUGACGGCAAGGGGAAGAAUGGCAAAAACAACACCAUGCUUCAUUACGAAAUGUGUUUUUGUUACAAGUUGUGAUUCACAGAUGCGACUCACUUUGAAUCAGCACACAGUGCAGCCUUUCGACAUCUGUAAAGCUGAUAAAAUUUAACAAAGCUGUUUUGCCAGUGUAUUAUAUUAUUAUAUUUGCCCUGUUUUACUUGUUAUUAGAUGUCAGAAAACUGUUUUUGUAAGAAUAUUCCCACAACUACAACCUGCAGUCAAAGCGCCCUCGAGCAUGAACACACCUCUCACUGACCACUGCGGUCACACAUAAUGCUGCUGUUGAGUAAAAGGCACAUUACUGAACAUUGGGAGUUUUCUUCUCAUUACACAAGACAUCUGUACGACCAUACGUCAAGAUUUAAAGACUCCUUUUUGGUGCAUGAAACCUUCAUUGUGUCAUGAGUGUUUUAUAUUUCAUAUUCACUGUAAAUAUGUUCACAAUUAAUAAUGAAAAUAAACAUUUUAAAGUUUGUAAAUACGUGAUUUAGAAAUCUGUCUGUGUGGAAGACGUACUGAUAUUUUAUUUCAGUGAAACAGCACUCUGCAAAAACACUCUGUUACGAGUCAAACUACCACAGUAUUAGCAUCAAAAUGUACUUUCAAAUAUGUUUGAGGUGAAGCUUACUUAUUGUAUUAGUUUAACCUCUAACAGUGGCCCCUUUAUUAGCUGAUCAUGUAUAUUUUAUUUCAAAUCAUAAAGUAACUGGUAACUAUAGCUUUCCCAUAAAUGUUUGUAAAAAGUACAAUACUGAAUAUAUACUGAAUUAUAGUGGAGUAAGUGAGUAAAAGUACAA